CAUAAAAUACAUAAAAGAAUAAUAAAUAAUAGUAUCGAUUGAUUGAAUAAAAACAAACCCAAAGAAAAAUAGUAACGACAUGUUGUCGCAAUAUCUUAUUAACAAAUUAAUAAAAACCAGUCAUGUGGUCAGCGUUAAAAGUUUACAACAUAUUAGUACUGGAAGUAAAUUAAUGGAACGUGUACCAAGAAAUCUAAAGGAUUGUUCAAGAUUUAUACCCAAAAAGACACAGAUAAGUUCAGAAGAUACAGAACCAUCAACUGAAACAGAUACCAGUUUUUCUUGGUUUCAACCAGAAGUUCAACCAGUGCAAAAAUUUUCUAUAGGAAAUAUCAAACAAUGGUUCGAGUUUAAUAAGAAAGCAAUCUAUUCUGAAGAACAACAGGUUGAUCCCAAGAUGAUUAACGUAUUGGGUAUAAACAUAACAGCGGCAUACUUUAUUAUUAAAUGGAGAGGAAAAAUUAAGUUUAAGAAUUCCAAUUGGUUAGAAGCUACUGAUGAUAAACCUGUUCGAUUACCAACUCAAUAUAAAUCUAAUUAUGUAGUUAUCGCAAUAGAUGCAAGCAAAACGAUGAUAUGUUACGAAGGUUUAGAAAACAUGUCACCACUUAAUAAAUUAAAAUGGCUAAGCUUUAAGGGUUGCGAAUAUAUUGAUGAUUGGUGCCUGGACAGAAUAUCUGCACGUUAUCCAUCCUUGGAGUUUUUAGAUAUCUCUGAUUGUAAAAAUGUUACGGAAAAAGGAUUAGAAGCAUUAUACAAAUUAGACAAUCUCAAAAUGUUGGUAGUAACGAAUCAUCAUAAAUCAGCAGCAUUCGAAUUGACUUGUUUUAUGUUGGAAGAAUGUAUGCCUAAUUUGGAAUGUAAGAUAUUGAAUUCGUGGUAUGCAGAUAAAUCUAAAGAAUCCAAAGACGAGAAUAAAGAACUUGAAUGAAAUGAUAACGAUUUAAUAAUUGAAUGUAAACAUGUGUAAAUAUAUAUAUACAAAAGUAGCUCCCAA